UCGUUAGUCACAGAGUAUUAGAGAGAGAAACAUUGUUUGCAUUUGUGAGGGAGUUUUAGAGAGAGAGAGAGGCCAAUCGGCAUGCUGGAGCUAAGGCUUGUGCAGGGGAGCCUCCUGAAGAAGGUAUUGGAUGCCAUUAAAGACCUGGUCACCGAUGCCAACUUCGAUUGUUCGAGCACGGGUUUCUCAUUGCAAGCCAUGGAUUCAAGCCAUGUUGCUCUUGUUGCCCUUCUUCUCAGAUCUGAUGGUUUUGAGCAUUUUCGGUGCGACCGUUCUGUGUCAGUGGGGAUGAAUCUGAACAAUAUGGCAAAGAUGCUCAAAUGCGCAUCGAAUGAUGAUAUUAUCACCAUUAAAUCUGAUGAUGGUGGUGAUGCUGUAACCUUCAUGUUUGAGAGUCCAAAUCAGGAUAAAAUCUCUGAUUUCGAAAUGAAGCUUAUGGAUAUCGAUAGCGAGCAUCUGGGCAUUCCCGAGGCUGAAUAUCACGCCAUUGUUAAGAUGCCUUCUUCUGAAUUUGCUACAAUUUGCAAGGAUCUCAGCACCAUUGGGGACACUGUGAUGAUAUCAGUAACCAAGGAAGGAGUGAGGUUUUCCACCAAAGGGGAUAUUGGAAGCGCCAACAUAGUCUGCCGCCAAAACACCUCUGUUGACAAGCCAGAAGAGGCAACUAUAAUAGAGAUGCAAGAACCAGUGUCCCUAACAUUUGCCUUGAGGUACUUGAACUCCUUCACAAAGGCAACCCCCCUAUCAUCAUCAGUCACCAUAAGCCUCUCAUCUGAGCUACCAGUCGUGGUCGAGUACAAGAUCGCAGAUAUGGGUUACCUUCGAUUUUACCUUGCUCCAAAGAUUGAAGAUGAGGGAGAUGAGUCUUGAACCAUCUGUUAUGAAUUCCUUUUUUUCCUUCAAUCUGUUCUCUUUUUGUUUGGGUUGUAAGGUAGUUUUAGAACAUGUAAUUAGUUGAUUAGUUAAAGCAUUCCAUACUCUCUAAUUAUCUUUUAUUGGUAUUCAUUAUUCUUGGUUGAAAAAGUAGCUUUACACCAUGUGACCAGUGCAUUAAUUAAAGCACUCCAUGACCUCUUUUUAUCUCUUGUUAAUGUUAAAGUAACUAGGUGGUGUUAAAGUA